CAACCUCAAACACACCGUAUUCAUAGGGAACCUUCCUUUACAAAAUCACUCAUCAACUUUUCCAGAAACAAAAAAAUUCCAUUUUAUUUCUUCUCCAACACGCUUUCCACAAAUUCAUCAUCAUACGACUCUUUCAACCUUUCACACUUUUCCUUUUUUCUUUUAAAUAGAAAGAAAAUAAAAAAUCACGAUGUUGCCUUUAUCAUAAACGAUGGUCAGUUGUGAAUCCGUUAUGGAACAUUCGGAUUCAGCAAUUGCGUCGCCUCUUUCUGCCAUAGCCGACGCUUUUGAAGAUCUCCUUGAAAAGGUUAAGGAUUUCAAGAAGGGUUCAUCCGAUCACAUUCGAUUAGAUAAUUUCUGCGAAAUUGCAUCUCUUGUUACUGUUCUUUUCCGUUGUCUUGGCCUUGCUUUCAAAUUCGCUGAAAUGGAAUACGUUUCUAAGCUACAUGGACUAGUGGAAGCAUCAAAGAAGUAUGAGAUGCUACAAGAUAUAAUUGACCAUGAUGUGGCCAAUGACACAGUCAAAACAUCAGGAAGCUAUUCACGUAACCUACGCAGAGUUCGGCAGGGUAUUGAUCUCGUGAGAGCUAUAUUUGAACAACUUUUGUCAACCAGUGAUACUUCUCUGAAAGGAGUGGCUUCAACGGCCUAUGGAGAGGUUUGUGCACCGUUUCACUCGUGGACUGUCAGAACGGCUGUGUAUGCUGGGAUGUAUACACUUCCGACGAGAGACCAAUUGUUUUUAAAGCUCAAUGAAACAGAGCAAACAGCGGAAAAGAAGAUGAGAAGGUACAUUAGUGCUACGAUUCCGGUUAUAGAAUACAUUGAUAAACUAUACCUUUCUCGAAAUAUUGUAUUGGAUUGGUGAGUUCGUGUAGCAGGCUGUGAUGUGCUCCAUUGGUAUAGCAGUUUAAUUAGUCAGUUUCUCUGCUGCUAUAUGGAGAAAGAGGGAGACACCAGAAAAAAGAGGGAAAAAAUUAGGAUUUUACUAAAAUGGUUAGCAGAUUUAAUGUUUUGUUUUUGUAUAUACAUAAUUUAUUUAGAGGACAGAAACAGUGAUUUCUAAUUCUCUUGAAAGAGAAAAUAAUGAAAUGUGGAAGGUUAUUUAGUGCAUUA